CUUAUAAUUCCUCCACAAUUCGAUUUAAUCCAAUUGCUCCAUUAAAAUUAUUACGAUAUCCAAAUGUAACUUUAGUAAUAAUAUACGUAAGUAUAAUAUCUUCACUAAUCCAUCUUCAAUACAUUAGCGUUCCUCGGAACUUCUCCCAACGAUACAAUUUAUCUUCGUCGACUAUUGGUUUAUUAUUUAUUGCUCCCGCUGCUGGUUGUGCAAUUGGUAGUCUCUUAGGUGGAAAAUAUUCAGAUUUUGUGUUGCGUAAAAAAAGGUCUGAAAAUGGUGACUUUAGCUAUCAAGAAAUGAGAAUUUAUGGUAUUUGGGUUGGUGCAUUAUUGGUUCCAAGUUCAUACUUUACUUAUGGAUGGUUAUUAGAAAAUAAUUUUAAUAUAAUAGUAUUGAUGAUAUUGUGGUUUGUUG